CUUGCUGUUGUUGCGCCGGCUGAUCAGCAGGCGCGGCACUCGAAUUACUUUAAGUUCAGAUGUCAACGCGAUAAGAACGCUCCAAUUUGAAUCGUGUAUCUUGUUCCAAACAUUGUUACUACCGAACAACUAAUAUAAAUCCGAGCAGCGUAAGUAUUUAUUUCUAUAUAUUGCUUACAAUCAUAUGUGCUAUUGAUUAAGUUUUAUAUCUUUUAUUUCUAGAAUAAUCAUGAAUCCUUCCAAACAAGCCUACGUUGUUGACAAUCCCAUGAUGGAUGUCAUGAAAGUUGUGCCAAGAAAAUCCGUGCAACAUGAACUUUUGAUUCCGGCAAACAUCCAAACUCCGACUUUAACCUCUUCCAUGCCACCACCGCUAGUAUGGAGUUUGGAAAACACCUCAAAAAUGCAGACCCCACGUCCUUCUACCUCUUCGGCCGAGAAAAUCCCUUCAGCCAGCAAUCCUUCCUUAGCCCUUCAACCAGCAAUCCUUUCAAGCCAGGCUCAGAAUGGCUUGGCCAGCCAAUUCCCCGUAUCCGUUCCAGAAGAAGAUGCGGCUUCGAUUGCAUUCGAGCAACAAAUACCGGUCAUGAACAAAAACUCUUUAGAAGAUGCUGACACCUUAUCAAGUCAAGCGACAUCUUCAAUUGCCACGGAGGUAAUAGGUUUUUGCAGGAGUAUGUUUGAUCAAGUUAUGCAAAGACUCGAUCAACUCGACAGCAAAGUAAAUAAAUUGGACAAACGUACUGCUUUGCUGCAAGUAACUGUGGACCAUAUAAAAGAUUGCGUUAAAAUGCCACACAAAGUGGCAGAGGUCGACAAAGAGAUGGAAUCUUUAUUGAAACCUAUUUCAACCCCUGAAGAGCUGACAAUCAUGGAGGAAAAAUUGGCUGACGUUAUGUUUUUCAACACUGUAAAACAGUGGAUUGAAUCAACCAUAUCAUCUGGGGAUACGGAUAAUCGACUGCACGAGGCAAUCGAUGUAAUGUUCACCCGGGAGUUUAUGCCUAGCUGUAGCUGGAAGGGUCGAAGCCCAACAGCUAAAAUAGCAUUGGCGAAUUAUAAGGCAAUUAUAAAAUUUUUUAAAGAAAUUGGCAGCACCCCUUUGAACACAAUUUCAGAGGGAUACGUUGCCAAAUUCUUUAAAACAAAAUUGCCGCAUGCCAAAGAAAGGCUGAACCUUGCUGGAAAUAGAAAAGUAAUGUGCAUCAAACGUAAAGCAGAACCACGGCAUUAGUUAAAAACAUGUGCGUAAAUCAAUGCGAACUCAUAAUACGAAAAUGAAUUCCAAAAUAAAAUGAGCUGUGAAUUUGUAAUGUUAGCAUAAUGUUUUCUAAUGAAAUAAAAUGAAGGAUUUAAACGUACAUUUAUUGUUUAUUGCGUAGUUAAACUUAAUUAAAUUACACGA